AUGUCCCACGCAACCCCAGAAUCACCUGCCAGUCUGAUCAAUGAGUCGAUUGCUGCUAAAACAGGCCCUGUGUAUCGAUGGAGAAAUUCAGUCACCGAUUAUUUCCACCAAACAUGGUCAAGCUUCUAUUCAGAUGAACAGGUAGAGAGCCGUUUGUUGUCGCUCCUUCCGUUCUAUCCAGAAUCUGACAGCACCAGAACCUCCCGCAUAAUCAACACCGAUGUCAGCGACGGAAAGUUCAUCCAUGAGUUUUACAUCGAAAACACCCAACCUCCCAACGAGCAGUCUCCCGAAACAUUGGACAUAGUACUUGUGCAUGGUUACGCUGCAUCCUUAGGGUUAUUCAUUGAUAAUUAUGAUACCCUCUCUUCCAUUCCCGGGAUCAGGAUCCAUGCCAUCGACUUGCCGGGAUUUGGUUUCUCAUCCCGUUCAAAGUUCCCCACAGACUUGAAAACCAGCCAAGAGGAUAUAUUGAAGGUUGAGGACUGGUUCAUAGACGCCAUCGAGGAGUGGAGGAUAAAACGCAACAUCAAUAAAUUCACUUUGAUGGGACACUCUUUUGGAGGUUAUUUGACCUCUGCAUACACCCUCAAGUACAACAAACCCAUCACUGAUGACACAGGUGAUAGUCACAACCUCAUCGACAAGCUUGUGCUUAUCAGUCCUUGUGGAUUCGAAAGAAAUAAGUAUUCGCUUCUCAAGGAUAGUAAAACGGCCGGCCUGGCUAUUUCGAAACAGGAUCGUGAGAAGCAAAACGAACUCACAGCUCCAGAAGCUUAUGAUGAUAAGGAUUUAAGCGAAGCAUUGGCUAAUCAGGAACAAAUUGUCCACAACGAGGUUGAAAUUGAAGUGUCACCUAUGGAAAUGAGGGUUGAUAAUGUGGUCCAAAAGAGAAGCGGGCGGAUCAUGCAAUCAUUAUGGGACAAACACGUUUCCCCAUUUUCCUUGAUCCGUAAUGGAGGUAUAUUGAAAUCCAAAUGGAUAUCUGGUUGGACAACUAGAAGAUUUGGACAUGUUUACCAUAGAAAUCCCGAGCACUUCCAAAUUAUUCAUGAUUACAUCUAUAGAGUUUUCAACGGAAAAGGGUCUGGUGAAUUUGCCAUCACCAGAGUUUAUGCAUUUGCUGCGCUCGCUAGAUUACCAUUGCUUGAUAGAUGCCCAGAAGAGUUUGUUAACAUGAAUUUACCAACACUAUUGAUGUACGGUGAUAGCGAUUGGAUGGAUGAGAAAGCAGGUUUGAGAAUGCAAAAAGAAAUCAAUACUCUUUCUCAGAAAAAGUACAGCAUUGAUUUGUCUUCGUAUUCACUCGUCCCUAAUGCCGGUCAUCAUCUCUAUCUUGACAACCCUCCAGUAUUCUCGGAGGAUGUUUUCAAGUUCAUUGGAGCAAAGCAAAAAUAG